AUGGAUUGCAUCCCCGUGCUUGUUUUCUGCUUCAUUUCAUAUCUGAUUGUAAGAACAGCCACACCUACUAACACCAUAAACACAGCUCAGAUCAUUAGAGAUGGAGACACUAUAGUUUCAGCUGGCGGGACCUAUGAAUUAGGAUUUUUCAGCCCCGGGAAAUCCAAAAUCCGAUACUUGGGGAUAUGGUAUGGCAAAAUAUCUGUCCAGACAGCAGUUUGGGUUGCCAACAGAGAAACUCCACUUAACGAUUCAUCAGGUGUUGUAAGGCUUACAAACCAAGGACUUCUUGUCCUUCUCAAUCGUAGUGGAAGCAUUAUUUGGUCUUCCAACACAUCAAUACCUGCUAGGAAUCCAGUUUCGCAGCUUUUGGAUACAGGAAACCUUGUUGUGAAAGAGGAGGGUGAUAAUAACGUGGAGAACUCCUUGUGGAAGAGUUUUGAUUAUCCAGGCAACACACUAAUACGGAAUAUCAAAACUGGCAUGGACUGGUACGUGACAUCAUGGAAAUCACCUGAUGAUCCUUCCAGAGGUAAUAUUACAGGCAUCCUUGUUCCUGAAGGAUAUCCGGAGUUACUACUGUUGGAAGAUUCGAAACCGAAGCAUCGAGCUGGGCCAUGGAAUGGCUUGCAGUUCAGUGGCAUGCCUCAAGUAAAACCAAAUCCCAUGUACAUAUUUGAAUUUGUUUAUAAUGACAAGGAGAUAUAUUACACAGAGCAACUUCAUAAUAGCUCAAGGCAUUGGAGGGUCGUCUUACCUCAGAGUGGUGAUAUCCAGCACAUUCUCUGGAUCGAGCAAACUCAAAGUUGGCUUCUUUAUGAAACAGCAAAUACAGAUAAUUGUGAAACUUAUGCACUCUGUGGCGCAAAUGGUAUCUGUAGCAUUAACAACUCUCCAGUGUGUAAGUGCUUGAAAGGAUUUGUACCAAGAGUUCCAAUAGAAUGGGACAAGAACGAUUGGUCAAGUGGUUGCGUUAGAAAGACUGCACUAAAUUGUUCCAGAGAUGGGUUUCGGAAGCUCUCGGGUGUGAAGAUGCCGGAGACAAGAAAAUCAUGUUUCAACAGGAGUAUGGACCUGGAGGAGUGGAAGAACACAUGCUUGAAGAACUGCAGCUCUACUGCGUAUACAAACCAGGACAUCAGGGAUGGAGGAAGUGGUCGCUUGCUUUGGUUCAAUGAUUUGAUUGGUAUGAGAACUUUCUUUCAAAAUGAGCAAGACAUUUUUAUACGGAUGGAUGCAUCAGAACUAGCGUCAUACGGUUCUUGGUGCUCAAGGGACACGGCACAUCAACAAUACAUGACAUCACCGGAGCUUCCCUUAGCUCUCUGA